AUGGCCAGAGGUGCAAAUCCUCCCAACACCACAAUUGAUCAACUCCAUAACACAGUACCUUUGGAGCGGGCGAGUCCAAAGGGGAUCUCAGUCAGAGCAUCGACCUCCAAGGGUUGGAGGAUAUCGAAUCUGGUGGUCUGCUUCAUUGGUGUCUUCUAUUUCCUAGAUCAUCAUCUUCGAGGAAGCUUCUACGUCCUCCUUGCUCCUACUUCCUACGUGCCUUGGCUCAACUCCUCAAUACUACUGCCCCGAGCCUCUGCUUCCCCAGAUUGCUCUGACCCACUCUUUUAG